AUGAAGCGUUCCCGCGCCUGCGACGACCUUGUCGCACUAGCCGCUGAGCCAUCAACACCCUGUACAGAAACACGUCCAUACGACGUCCAUCAUACACGGCCAUCGUCGCUUGUCGACACUUGCCACCGAUUCAAGCGCUCGCGAGCGUCAGUAGACAGCAAUAGCAGCAGCAGCAGCUAUAGGGACGAGAUCAAUGGGUUCUCGCUGCAUCUGACGGACAUGGGGGAUGCUUGGGCGUACAAGAACGGGUCGAGGAGGUCGCUGUCGCCCUUUCGCUCUAGUGACGAGGUGAAGGACCUUGAAGCGAGUGACGACAGGUUCCCGUUCCGUCGGAACUUACGUGAGACGAUGCGGUUCCGACAGAAGAAACAGCGCGUGGCGGAGAUCACGAGCAGCUUCGAUGGCUUUGGGAUCCAUGAUGAGGACGCUGCGGCAAAGCAGAGCUCGGAUAGGGCACGGGGUUGUUUGAAGGCAUCGGUGGAGGCCCGAGAGACGAGCGAGCCGCGGUUUCUGCGUGGGUUGCGCUUUCCACACCAAACUAGGUGCAUUGAUCCGCUGGACAAGCGACAGGGGCCGUCUUUUGACUUGUCGGCCUUGAUCAGGCUGUCGGUAUCGCGCAAGCGAUGA